AUGUCUAUCCAGAACUACGCCAAGUCCAGAGUCCCCAUCACGGACCUCUCCAACUACUCGCUAUCGCUCAACGACAACAUCCCCACCUACAGUGCACCGCUGCCCAGCGUGCCUCGCAUCAGCCCUCCCACGCUGCCCAAACUCUCGCUGCCAAAGCCCGUGCCACAGGCACCAAAGCAACUGGCGCCUAAAAACCCGCCAAAGCCAUACUCCAAGCUCGACCUCCUGCUGCAGACAGCAGCCAUGCACAGCGUCCAGAGCGAAAAACCAGCCAAUCAAACCGCCACGCCUAAUUACGUCUUAGAUCCGAAAACGACGCACGCCUCGCCCAAACUCGAGAUUUCGAAUCUCGUCAUCCAAACGACGCCUCAGCAGAGCUCCGCGCCCGAGCUCACCUCCAUCAAGCUGGCGUCGCCGUCCGCGGCGUCCAAACGGCAACGGUCCGGCCCCUCGUGCGACUGCUGCCGCGCGCGCAAGAUCAAGUGCGACUCCGAGAUCUUUGUGCUCGCCGAGCUGCCGGAAACGAGGGCCGCAGCGGCCGCCAGCGGCUCCGAAAUCGCCAGCUGCAAGUUCCUGUACGAAGACGAGAACAGGUACCAGUAUUUCGAGAUCGACACGUCGCAGUACCAGCACCAGCGCUUCAACAGCAAGCUCAGCCGGUUCCGGUACCUCAAGUUCAAGCCGUGCUCUGCGUGCCACUCUAAAAAGCUCGUGUGCUGCUUUUCCAAGGGGUUCACCAGAAACGACAUAAUUAAGUUCAAUAAGUCCGAGCGCAUGCACCAGACGCCCGAAAAGGACGAGCCCAAGGACGAAGUCGCGCUGCCGAUCAUGGUGGGCCCCUACGGCAAGCACCCCAAGAAGACCUCGUGCAACACUUGCAGGUUUAAGAAGAUCAAAUGCAUCAAGCUCGAGAACAACCCGUCCUCAGACUGUCUGGGCUGCUCGAAGAAACAUUUGGAGUGCGCAUAUGUGUAG